AUGGAUGAGAAAGGUAUCGAUGAUUUGACUCUAGAUAGCGAACAAGAGAAUUAUAUACCACCUCCUCAGAAAUCGGUUUCAGAAAUUGUUGCAGCUGAUGCUGACGAUGAAAGUUUGAAUCGUUAUAAACAAGCACUUUUGGGUCAAGCCAAAUCUGGUCAAGUAAUCGUUGAUGCUACAAAUCCACGCAAUGUUCUUGUUCGUUCUAUUACAUUGGUUAUAGAAGGGCGUCCAGAUGUCACAAUGGAGCUCGAUGGAGGUUUCGAAUUUCCUUGUUGUUUGCAAAGUCUUUAUGAAAUUGCAGAACAUGUAUCUGAACCAUCAUUCACGAUCAAGGAGGGAGUAGCGUAUAGAAUUCGUUUCAAUUUCCAUGUACAAAGAGAGAUCUGUACUGGUUUAAAAUAUAUACAAAAGGUCACGCGUCAUUCUAUUACAGUUGAUAAAGAUACAUUUAUGAUGGGUUCCUAUGCUCCAAAAAUGGAAUUGCAAUCAUUCACGACGCCAUUAGAUGAAGCUCCGUCUGGUAUGCUGCAUCGUGGUACUUACAAAAUUAAGUCCCAGGUAUGUGAUGAUGAUGGCCAUGAUUGGUUAUCUUGGAGUUGGAUAUUAGAAAUUGCUAAAGAUUGGCAAGAUUAA